AUGAUGAGUUUUAUUAUCAACGUAAUUAAAGAUUUGUUGCAUAAGAUGUUACAAUUUCUGUCAUUUAGUAGAAAAACGCUGAGCAAUAAUUUGAGUAUUUACAUAAAAACCAACACAGGGAAUACGCUUUCGGUCGAUUUGGACCCCACCUGGGACAUAAAAGAGGUGAAAGAGUUCGUUGCGCCCCAAUUGGGACUGAAACCAGGCGAGGUAAAGAUUAUUUUCGCUGGAAAAGAGCUGGGAGACAACAUUAGUAUUUCUGAAUGUGAUUUGGGCCAACAAAGCACCCUCCACGCUAUCAAAAUCACCAAAAAGCCCAACCCUCCCACUUUAAACAAUGCCGUAAUUGAGGAAAGUGACGAGGGCAAACCUCUGUGUGAGACCUUAUCAGAUUUGAGUUUUUCAAACGAUGAUUACGAGGAAGGGCCCACCGAGCAACGCAAAGUCCACUUUUUUGUCUAUUGCCCCACGUGUAAAGCCCUCAAAAAUGGGAAAUUGCGAGUUCGGUGCCACUUUUGCAAAUCGGGGGCUUUCACGGUGCACUCAGACCCCCAAAACUGGAAUGAUGUGCUGCAGCCAAAGCAGAUAACCGGCCUUUGUGAGAAUAGCCCCGAAUUGUGCGCCAACGUUCUGAACAACAAAGAACCGACUUUCGCCGAAUUUUAUUUCAAAUGCUCGGAGCACACGUCCCUUGGAGAGACCGACGAGGCUGUUCCCCUCUAUCUAAUUCGUCCAAAUUUAAAAGAAGUGCCUUGUCUAGCGUGCGCUGACAUAAACGAAACCGUGUUCGUCUUUCCAUGUAAAGAGGGCCACGUUACUUGCCUCGACUGUUUCCGCCAGUACUGCACGACACGGCUGCGGGAACGCCAAUUCUGGCAACACCCCGAGUUUGGCUACACGCUAGCGUGCCCCGCUGGCUGUCCCGACUCCUUCAUCCAGGAGAUCCACCAUUUUCGCCUCCUGUCAGAGAGUCAAUACACACAAUAUCAGAGAUUUGCGACUGAAGAGUAUGUGUUGCGCUCCGGUGGGGUGCUCUGCCCCCAGCCGGGCUGCGGCAUGGGCAUACUGGCGGACCCCGAGUGCACCAAAAUCACGUGCAUCAACGGCUGCGGCUACGUUUUCUGCCGCCUGUGCCUCCAGGGGUUCCACAUUGGGGAGUGCGAAGCGCCCGAAGGGGACGUGGGGGCCCCGGGGGAUUGUUCGUACAAUGUGGACCCCACAAGAGCCGCGGAAGCCCGUUGGGACGAAGCUUCGAAAGUUGCGAUUAAAGUCUUGACAAAGCCCUGUCCCAAAUGUCGCACCCCCACUGAACGAGAUGGGGGCUGCAUGCACAUGAUUUGCACAAGAGCAGGCUGCGAAUACCACUGGUGCUGGGUGUGUCAAACCGCGUGGACGAGAGACUGCAUGGGGAGUCACUGGUUUGGGUAAUUUAUUGAAAAUCAAGUUGUAAACAAUUGUUAAAAAUAUAAUUGCUAUGGAGAUGA